AAUAUCCUCAUCAUUCUCAUCAUCAUCAUCAUCAUCAUCAUCAUCAGUCAUGAGCUCUCGUUCUCUCCUGCUGGUUCUGCUGGUUCUCGCCUGCCUUCAGUCCUUCACAACGGCCCAGAAUGAAAAUGGACCAACUCAGUGCUGUUUCAGAUUUCUGACACGACCAAUCCCUGUAAGAGUCAUUACAGCUUAUAAAGUAACAGAUCUUCAUUGUACAAAACCUGGAGUCAUCUUUACUCUACAGGACGGUCGUCUUGUGUGUGCAGAUCCCGGCUUCAAGUGGGUGAAGAAUCACAUGAAGAAAAUUGACCAGCGUCGGUUUAACAGUCUGAACGACGCUGAAGGGAGUGCUUAAAACCUUAAUAAACAGUUUAAAUCCUCUCUCCAUUAACAAGUAAUGAAUAAUUAUUUUACUAAAUGGACUUUUUCCAUAAUCAGACAUUAUGAUUGAAGCUUUUAGUUAUAAACUUAAAUAUAAUCUGAUUUAUUCUACAGACUGUUAACAUGAAU